GGUGACAGCUGUGCUGAACGCAAGUAUUAAAAGCCCUAGAGAGAAGCGAGUUCAUACUCUGCCAACCAUUAAGCAGCAGCAAUACUGGGAGUGGCUGGGCACUAGGACCUUGGAGUGCCUUGCUCGGAAGUGGUACCCGCUCUGCUGAAAGCAGAAGGCAUCAGAGCGGCUGGGAGCAUCACUGCUACGGAACAUGGCCAGCCAAACCCAGGGCAUUCAGCAGCUGCUGCAGGCGGAGAAGAGGGCUGCAGAGAAGGUGGCGGAGGCUCGAAAACGAAAGGCCAGGCGGCUGAAGCAGGCCAAGGAAGAAGCCCAGGCUGAAAUUGAGCAGUAUCGUUUGGAGCGUGAGAGAGAGUUCCAGCAAAAACAACAGGCGGCUCUGGGCUCGCAGGGGAAUCUGUCUGCAGAAGUGGAGGCUCAGACCCGCAAGAAGCUGCAAGCUAUGCAUGGAGGGCAGGCUCGGGGCAAGGACCAGGUCCUGCGUCACCUUCUCACUGCUGUGUGGAAUGUGCAGCCCCAAAUUCACCCCAAUUUCCGCCUGGCUGUCUAAAGGGCCCAGCAACUCUGCCUGCAGUUGUCUGGGGGACCUCUGACGUGACUAAUUGAAGGCCUUUGAUCUCCAAAAUAUGAACUUUAGAUGCCCGAGUGCCCUAUUUCCCUAUUUCCAUCUACAGCAGCCUUGCUCAACCUUUUGACCCUGGAGGAACCCUUGAAAUAUUUUUCAGGCCUUGGGGAACCCCUGCACCUUCAGGCUCAAAUAUAGGCCGGAAGUUCCAAAAUUAUUAC